GAGUACAUCUUCAGCUUCUUUGCGGAUCUGAUGCUGGGCCCGUUGGCUGAUGGAGGCACUCUGGUGCUGAACUGCCCAUGGUCCGAUGCCGAACUGGAGUCCAUUCUCCCGGCCCCCUUCCGGAAGAUCGUCGGGGAGAAGAAGCUGAAGGUCAGUGCCAUCGAUGCCAGCGCUGUCGCCAAGCGGACAGGCAUGGGCAAGCUCAUCAACAACAUCAUGACUGCAGUUUUCUUCGAGUUGUCUGGGGUGCUCCCAACAGAGCAGGCUUUGUCUCUGCUGAAGGAUGCAGUGAAGAAGACAUACAAGAACAAGGGCGAUGCGAUUGUCAACCAGAACAUCAAGGCCGUGGAGGCCGCCAUCGAAGCGCUCCGCACGGUCGAGUACAACGCAUCGGCCUGGGCGGCUUUGGAGUCGGACCCGGAGGCCGUCUACGCCAAG